AAUUCUCCCUCCCAGCAGGAGUUGGUGGAGGUGCUGAAGAAGGAGUUGUCCGGAAACUUUGAGAAGGCCAUCCUGGCCAUGUUGGACCCCCCUGUCAUCUAUGCUGUGAAGGAGCUGAGGAAGGCCAUGAAGGGAGCAGGCACCGAUGAGGACGUCCUGGUGGAAAUCCUCUGCACGGCCACCAACGCUGAUAUCGCUAUGUUCAAGGAAUGCUACUUUCAGGGUGAGUUAGCAAAACAACAAAGCAUGCAAAAACAGACAUUACAUCUACGUUAUAUCCAAACCAGAUCUGAUUCUGGACCAUUCAAUCUUUUGGCCACCAUUUUGCUUCGUGUCACACAGGAAACUUCUCACAGUGACUCAUUAAAGUUAAUUCAUAUCCAUUCAGUCUUGUGACACACACUCAUGCUCUGUUUAGUCAAGGCCCAUCCUGUCGGAACUUCCUGGUUAUGAACCAAAGAUGAUGUUUACCAGAAUGUUUACUUACCUGUAUUUUCUAUUUGAGAGGAAAUCUGAGGUGUAAUCCUUUCAUUUCUGUUUUUGUUUCAUUUAAAGAGACCCGAC